AUGAAUAUCAAUGAAUCGACAAAUGAAGCUACAUUCCUCGAGACACCAAACGAGGCCAUCGUUCAACCUAAAAAGUCCUCCUGGAGACACCUCUUUUCAUUCACCAAAUGGUCUCACGCUGGUGCGCUUUCCUCGGCUUUCCUCGCGGCGGCCAUCACGGCGGGACUCAAGGCCGCUCUCCCUGUUUUGCUCGGCGAAACGUUCAAUGUCAUCAGCGAUUAUGGCAUGGGAUUCAUCGACGGUAUCGAGACCUCCAGUCGCAUGUCACGGUGGUGCCUGGUGUUGAUAGGGGUCGGUGCUGGUAACUGGGCGGCCAACUCAGUGUUCCUCGCGUUAUGGGUAAUCUUUGGCGAGUUGCAGGCGAAUGCAGCUAGGCACGACAUCUACCAAAGUCUCCUGAAGAAGGAUAUGACAUGCCAAACGCGCGAGCUGCAACUUGGCACAUCCCAGAUCCUCGGCCUACUCUUUUGUGAAUUCUUCACAGCGCUUGCGUCCAUCGGUAUCGCCCUUUUCUACGCCUGGAAGCUUACGCUUGUCCUUCUGGCGACUAUGCCCCUGUCAGCCAUCGUUCUAUCGUUGGCCACACGACCCCUCGAGCCGGCUAUACAAGCCCAGCGCAAAGAGCUCGCCACUGCGUCCAAGAAAGUUACUGCGUCCAUCGUCGCGAUAGACCUCGUCAAGAUCUUCGGCGGAUACGAUCAAGAGACGGAGCAGUACGUUCAAACUAUCCAAAGAGCAGCAAAACACUACACGAUUCAAGCCCGAUGCAUUUCCAUACAAAUGGGUUAUGUGGCUUUCUGGGUGAUUGCCAUGUUUGUGGUUGGCUUCUGGUACGGUCUGUCGCUUGUCGAAGAUGGCCUGCGGCCCGGCAGUGUUCUGACAACGUUCUACGCCACGCUCGCCGCUUUUCAAGGCGCCGAGGCACUGAUGCCGCAUUGGCUGGUGUUGGCAAAGGCCAUGUCGGCGGGAUCUUUCCUCGAGGCAGUUGUGGCUCCGAAGAGCGGCGGCCGAGAGAUUACGCGCGUGGGUAGGCAUGUGAAGCCACGAACGUGUACCGGUGAUAUCGAACUGAAUAAUACUAAUGUUGGCUCCGACGGCCAUAACUUGAGCGGAGGCCAGAAACAACGCUUGGCCCUGGCCCGGGCACGUCUCCGCGAUCCAUCAAUUCUCAUCCUAGAUGAGGUCACGAGCGGCUUGGAUCAGCUCAGCAAGACGCUAGUCAUGGACGCCAUUCGACAGUGGCGACGCGGCAAGACUACAAUAAUCGUCACGCAUGAUGUCUCCCAGAUUGAAGGCGAGGAUUUUGUCUACGUCAUGGACAGCUCGUAUCUCGUACAAGAGGGGUUCAAGAAGGAUCUAUUGAAGCAGGAGAAUGGUCACUUUGCGUCUUUGGCUGCUCCCCAUGGACAUCAAAACUCGCCGGAAAUUCGUAUCUCAUCAGUCGACCCGAAAGACUCGCCCGCCACGCCUCUGAUCGCGUCUCGCCGCUCGCAUUUUGCUGAUCGAAUCUUCAACGAGCUCGAAAUCAACUCGCUGCAAGUCAACAAUCUUGGCAGACGCAGUUCACUGCUGCCCGGCCGUGACUAUCAAAUGCAUCCAGGACUGGACGCAGGUCGAUUACUGGGCGACAACAGAGCCUCUUUCCAUGCUGAGGAUGACCAGAGCUGGGAUGAGGAGAGGAAGCGUUUCUCACAUUUCCUGAGCCAGCGGUUCUCGUCGCCAGAACAGCACGAAUUGGUCGCAUUGCCACAACACACCCGUCGUGCAUCUCCAGCGCCAGCAAGGCCCUUGUCAAGUCUGACCUCGGAUUGGGCCGGGUCUCCAAAAGAGAGCGUCAUGCCCGAGGAUAUGGAGAAGAGAGCAUCAUUCGCCUUUGGUGAUUCUCAGCGGAACAGCGGAAUGUCCACUUGCCGACCACACAGUAUGGUCGAGCAACCGGCUGUCCCCGAGGAAAACCCACCAACAGCAAUAAAGGCGCCUAAGAAAAAGAUCUCCCUCUGGUCAACCCUCAGGACCAUCUGGCCCACCCUCGGUGCCACCGACUGUAUCAUCUUCUGUUUUGGUUUUGUUGUCUGUAUCAUUGGCGCCACAGCAACACCCGUGUUCGCCUACGCGCUUUCACAACUCCUUGGCGUGAUGACCUCGCCCGGCGAAAAGACCACCAAGGGAAUGAAGUGGGCACUCAUUAUCUUGGGCGUGGCUGUGGUGGACGCUUUGGGCUGGGGCGGUAGCCGAUACUUGUUUGAACUUGUCGGUCAAAAUUGGGUGAACAAGACUCGCACAGAAGCUCUCCGAAGGAUAAUGUUGCAACCGAAGCCUUUCUUUGGCAAGCAAAAAAAUUCUCCCGGCCGAAUUGUGGAAUGUAUGGACCGCAAUGCUGAGGAGAUGCGCAACAUCGUGGGCAAGUUCAUCCCCAUCAUGGUAGCCAUCACCACCAUGCUCAGCGCCUCCUUCAUUUGGUCUAUGAUCGUCUCCUGGAAGCUGACCCUUGUUGCGUUGUCACCGGUGCCAGUCGUCGCUGGGGCUAUCAAGGGCUUCACCUGGAUCUCUGGAAAGUGGGAAGCCAGGUGCAACACGGCAGCGGAAGACACAUCUGCAACGCUGACCGAAAUCUUCCUCAACAUUCGUAUUGUUCGAGCUCUGACUCUGGAGAAUUAUUUUACCAAUAAAUACGAGGCGCAGGUCCAGGGCGCCUUGGCCAUUGGCCUCAAGCGAGGCGCCUACACGUGCAUUCUCUACGGUGCCUACCAGUCCAUUGGAUACGUACUCACCUCGCUCGUCUUCUACUACGGCACACUUCUCAUGGCCACAAAGGGCGAGAUGAACGUGGCCUCACUCAUGCAAGUCGUCAAUCUCCUGCUUUUCAGCAUUGGCAGCGCCGCAGGUAUCCUCAGCGGCAUACCGCAGCUGACCAUGGCGCAAGCGACGGCCUCGCAGAUGCUGGAGUAUGCCGGCAUGUCGACAGAGCCACCCGAGGGACAACGUGGCAGCUUGAGGCCGUACAACUUGCUACCCAUCAAAUUGGACAAACUUAGUUUUUCCUACACAAAAGGCCAGAGUGAUGUCUUGCGAGGCGCAUCGUUUGAGAUUCACGCUGACAGGGUGACUGCCAUCGUUGGACAGUCUGGCUGUGGGAAAACGACUUUAGCUUCCCUUCUCCUGGGGCUGUAUCCUCCCUCGGAACCCUCCUCCCUGACUCUGAACGGCAUUGCAUCAUCGGACAUUGACAUUGACCACCUUCGUUUUCACACCGCCUACGUCGCUCAGGCGCCGUACUUGUUCCCCGCUACCAUUGCCGAGAACAUCACAUACGGGCUACCGAGCGGCUCACCCUAUUAUGAAACGGCGAGCAUCGUGCGCGCUGCCGAGGCAGCAGGUAUUCACGAAUGGAUCAUCUCCCUUCCGGAAGGUUACUCUACGCUCAUAGGCGAUGGCGCACAAGCAUUGUCGGGUGGCCAGUCACAGCGGCUCAACAUUGCGCGCGCACUCGUCCGCCGUCCCAAGUUACUUGUCCUCGACGAACCGACAUCGGCUCUGGAUGCAGAAAGCGCGGGUAUGAUACGGCAAACGAUCCGCAGUCUGAAGGGGAUGGCAGUGGUUCUGGUGACCCAUAGCCCGGAAAUGAUGCGAACCGCGGAUUGGAUCGUCGUGGUGGGCGAAGGAGGCGUGGUCGCCGAAGAGGGGGGCUAUGAAUCGUUGAUGAGGAAUCAGGGGGAGUUCGUCAGGUUAUUGCAUUGUGGUGAGUAG